AUGAAUAAUAAUUUGCCUAUCGAGUCUUCAACGUGGGAAUCAAGAAUUGUACUUCGAUAUGAUGUCGUCUAUUCUCAGUUUACUGAAUGGAAUAAUAAACCAUGCUCAUUUUAUACAAUUGAAUGGGGAGAUAUACCAAGAAAAAGAAUAAGGCAGGAAGAAAAUGGGUCAAAAUACAUGCUUUACAGUGCAACCAAUAUGGCUCUAACGAUGACUAAUGAAGCAUAUUUAAGCAUAUUAGAAUGUCAGUUGUAUCCAGAAGGUAGCCCAUUGAAUUAUGGUUUAGUAAAUUCAAUUCAGUCAGCUAAAAGGACAAGCGUAAAACAUUGUGAUAAUAUAAACUUCUAUCAACGAAUUUUACAUCAUGAAAUUGAUUCACUUCAACAAGCAAGACUUUUAACUUCGCAGAAGGUUGUUACAAGCGGAAAGCAAUUUAUUUAUGUAUGGGAUCUGAAAAACACGUUAGUUCGUUCUGAAAACGAAAGACCUGCUGCACAAAUUAAAUUGGCUCUCGACGAUAGUAGCUCAUCAAUAAUCGGGCCAGCAUUAUGUGUGGCCAAAAACAAACAAAUAGUAGUUAAUGGUGCUGAAAAUGGAUAUUUAGCCCUAUGGAAUUUGGCCGAUUAUCAAACAGGAUCAAAUCAAAGAGCACUUAUGCCCAGAAAUAAAAAUAAGAUUACUGAAGACCCUACAAAUAAAAUCCUAUCAUGUGAUUGUAAGGAAGAUAGUACAAAUAUAUCUUGUACUUCAAGUCGAGGAAAUGUGAUUAUUUGGGAUUAUCGUACGAACAAAAUCGCCCAAAAUGUGGAAAAAGCACAUAAGGCAGCGGCUAUGAGUUGUCAUAUGAAUCCACACAAAGAACAUUAUCUAUUAACAUCUAGUGCAGAUGGUAUUAUUGAAUGGUGGGACACUCGAAAGAUGAAGAACGUGUUCAAAAAUUCUGAACCAUCUCCGUUAUCCACUUUUAAGCAACACCAAAGUUCCGUAAAUAAAGUAUCUUGGUCGCCUCAUAACAAUGAAUUAUUUGCCAGUUGUUCGGAUGAUUGCAGUGUUAUCAUUUGGAAUACAGAAGGUAUAAAUAAAAAUAAUAACGAUAAGCAGGAAGGCGCGAAAUUUAAGCAUACGGGUCACAGGCAAAAAGUAUUAGAUAUUGCAUGGCAUCCUGAUCCAGAGUUCAGCAAAACAAUAGCUUCCGUUUCCCCCUUUGUUUCUCAUCAUGGUGUUUCCGGAUUAUUACAAGUUUGGAGACCAAAUAUUAAUAUUGACUUGAUGAAUAAAAAUUGUAGAUAA